CGGAGCAUUUUGGCACCUCCUGCACAUCAGGUGUCAUAAAGUCCUAGAAGAAGACGUGGGAGGAUUGAAUCCUGGAUGUUUAAUUAUCCAGCUGGAGAACACCCUGCAAACUUGGAAGUCCUUCUGAAAUCUUCUCUGCUGCAAAGAUGAGGCUCGACUUAUUUGCCCUUCUCUUGCUGCCUUGUGUGAUCAUCAGCAGUACUACUACUGCUACUGGACGUCUCUACAAGAACCGCUAUGCUGGCGAUCAAGUCUUCAGGAUAACCCCGAGUAAUGACGAGGAGGUGCACGCACUCACCAACAUUCUGGAACACAUCAAGGUGGACCUAUGGCAUCCGAACAGCGUUUCUCUGAUCAGCUUCAACGCUACAGUGGAUGUACACAUCAGACGUAAAGACACACGACGACUACGUGGCAGUUUAAAGCAAGAAGGUAUCCAAUAUAGGGUUUUUAUCUCCAAUCUUCAGGAGGAAAUUGAAAGGCAGCAGACGGGCCGUCGCUCCUCUCGCCAGCGCAGGUCAGAGAGUCAGCACGACUAUGAGGUCUACCACUCCCUGGAAGAGAUCCAGACGUGGAUGUUUGAUAUGAACACAACUUAUCCUGAACUACUCCAAAUGUUCUCCAUUGGGAAGUCCUACGAGGGACGACCGCUUUAUGUCCUUCAGAUAGGAAAGAGAAGUCGCCCCCAGAAAAAAGCCGUCUGGAUCGACUGCGGGGUCCACGCUAGGGAGUGGAUAGGCCCCGCUUUCUGUCAGUGGUUCGUCAAAGAGGCCAUCAAUUCCUACCGCUAUGACCCAAACACACGACGAUUGCUCAACCAGCUCAACUUCUACAUCAUGCCCGUCUUCAACGUGGAUGGAUACCACUUCAGCUGGACCAAAGAUCGAUUCUGGAGGAAGACCCGAUCUAAAAACCGCAAGUUCCAUUGCAGAGGAGUCGAUGCUAACAGAAACUGGAAAGUGAAAUGGUGUGAAGAGGGAGCGUCGUCCCACCCCUGCGAUGACACGUACUGCGGCCCCUUCCCCGAGUCUGAACCUGAGGUCAGGGCGGUGGCCAAGUUCCUGCGCAAGCACAAGAAGCGGGUCAAAGCCUACAUCUCCAUCCACGCCUACGCCCAAAUGCUCCUCUACCCGUACUCUUACAAGUACGCCACCAUCCCCAACUUCAACUGCGUGGAGUCGGCAGCUCACAAUGCAGUCACAGCGCUUUAUUCAGCCUAUGGCAUCAAGUACAGAUAUGGACCUGCUUCUACGACCCUCUAUGUUAGCUCAGGCAGUUCCAUAGACUGGGCCUACAGGAAUGGCAUCCCGUACGCAUUUGCGUUUGAGUUGAGGGACACGGGCUACUUUGGCUUCCUGUUACCAGAGUCUCUGAUCAACCCCACGUGCACUGAGACUAUGCGAGCGGUGAAGGCCAUCGCCACAGGCUUGCUGAAGAAGUGCCCCCCUUACAGUGACCCCGACACAUUACCAUAUCUAUAAAUGCACUAUAAAAUCAUUUUCAUUUGUUUUUUAUACAAAAUAUUGUCUCAUUCUUCGAAAAUAUGAAAAAUAAGCUUCUUGCAGGAAGUGGCGGACAUUGAAGCACUUGUCAUGAUCCAGCGGCACUUUGCUGACUCAAGAAAGUACCAUGAUUUGACUUCUAAUGAACCCUAAUGUACACCUAUGAAUGCCUUCAUUGCUAAAACAUGUUUUUUCUUAUCAGCUGUAUGUGAUUUUGUUUUGUUAUUUACAGGAAAUAACCUGU